AUUGCCAAAAAUUAAAUGUUCUUGCAAAAUUCAUGGAAACAGGAGGCGGAGACCCCUUCCAUUUGUCUAAAUGACCAAUCAGACAGUGGUGACAUCAUAUCUUUCAACAAUCUUUGUUGUGGUCAUCUCUAUAAAUACCGGAACUAGCGCUCGACAAAAAAUAAGAAAAUGAUUCAUGCUUUUGCUUUUUUCUAAAAUUCAGGUCGUCAUGUCAGAUUUGAAUUUCAUAGGAUAAGCAAUGGAGGAAGAUACAACCAUCGCUGUCGUUGGAAUCGGCUGUAUUUUUCCUGGAGCUGACAAUAUAGAAGAAUUCUGGAGAGUUCUUGUAAAUGGAGAAGACCACGUCCAGGAUAUCCCCCCUGACAGAUUCAAUGUUGAUGCGUUUUACGAUCCCAAUCCGGACAGUCCACGUAAAACUUACGUCAGAAAGGCUGGACUCGUAAAAAGCUUCGAUGAAUGGGACAACAAAUUCUUUGGGAUUAGCGACAAAGAGGCUGAACUCGUCGAUCCGCAACAACAUUUUGUACUGGAAGCAGUUCACAUGGCUCUUGAAGAUGGUGGAAUAACCCGAGAAAGAUUAAAUGGUUCUGAAACCGGUGUCUACAUCGGUGCUAUGAAUCAUGACUGGGAUUGCCUACUGCGUUCGGCCAAACAAAACAGUACUAAUACAAUGGUAACAGGGGUAGACAGUAGUAUCCUCUCGGCCAGAGUGGCAUACUUCUACAAUCUACUUGGUCCAGCGAUGACAAUAGAAACUGCUUGUUCUUCCUCUAUGGUUGCCAUACAUACAGCAUCACAGGCUUUACGUAACGGCGAGAUAUCAAUGGCCAUCGCUGGUGGUGUCAGCUUUAUUCUCGAUCCAGAAAGUUUUAUAAACCUAUCAUCUGCAAGGAUGGCAUCGCCAACAGGAAAAUGUCAUACGUUUUCAAAAGAUGCUGAUGGAUAUGCUCGCGGAGAAGGGUGUGGCAUCGUUAUAUUAAAGAAACUUGCUGAUGCCAUCAAAGACGGAAAUAAAAUAUGGGGAACGAUUUUUACAUGGCUUAAUCAGGAUGGCCAUUUGAGUUCUCCAAUAACUUCUCCAUCCGGUGAGCAGCAAGAAAAGCUAGUGGAAACAAUUUACAGAAAAAGCAAUAUUCCACCAAGUUCUGUGCAAUACAUAGAAGCCCAUGCAUCAUACUGGGCUGCAAAUGUCUUUCGACCAGUUCUUUUUCGCCAUGCAAUACAAGAAGCAAAGAAAAUGAACCCAAAUGCUUUGUUUCUAGAAAUUGGACCAAGUCCGGUAUUAAGAGCGCAUUUAUCAAGCAUAUUCCCCGACUCGGUGGAAGAAUCGCUGCCUUCUAUGAAAAGAGACUAUGAAAUUGACAUUUUUCGAAAAACUCUCCUAGACAUAUUUGGAAAAGGCAUUCAAGUAACAUGGGAAAAUGUUGUAUUACGUACGACCAACAUACUUUCAAUUCCCAAAUAUCAGUUCAACAAGAGAAAGCAUCUUGUAAAAUCUGAGAAACUUCAGAGUUUACUAAGUGGAGAGGAAAGUAAUAUAAAUAAGAUGCUAAUUUCACGCCUUCCUGGAAGUUCAGAGCAGUUUAAUAUGCUUAUAUCUCAUGAAAAUACUCCAUUCAUCUAUGAACAUGUUGUGGAUGGAAGCACAGUUGUCCCGGGUGCCCUGUAUGGUGAAAUCGGACUAGAAAUUGGACACUAUCUCCUUCCAAACAGCGAAAUUACGGAAUUCGAUAUUUCAUGGUCGAUACACAGGGCAUUUUUGGUCAAAGACAGUGAGCAGACUUUAGUUAUUAAAUCAAGACAAGAAAGUGAUAACAUAAUCUAUUAUGAGGCAUAUGCUUCAGGAAAUAAAUUUAUGUUGUCUUCAGGAAAGGUAACUUUCAAUAGGACACCUCCAAAACCAGUUCUUGAUGUUCAAAGACUUAAUUCAUUGCUCAGCACAGAGUCAGAAUCUCACAUUGUAUAUAUGAUGUUGCAAAGUUUGGGAUUUCAACAUGGUCCUAUUUAUCAAACCAUCAAAAAGUGUGUGAUUCGUGACAGAGAAACCAUCUGUGAUAUUCGUAUUUCAGAUGGGGUAAUGAAAGAAAUAUCAAGAACUUGCUUGCAUCCUGUCAUUCUAGAUACUAUGUUUCAGUCAUGUUUCGGAAUAAAUGUCGGCAACGGAAAUGGUCAAAAAACUAGAAUCCUACCAAUCAAAGUCUCCCAUUUAGUUGUGAGACAAAGACCAUCACAAUCUAUGAUCUGUUAUACAACUCCUGUGCAAGACGAUGCUAUGAAUGCAUCUUUUAACAUACUCCUACUACAAAAAAAUGGAAGCAUUGUAGCAGAAAUGAUGAAUUUUAAGGUGGAAAAAAUUAAUUCACCUGAUGACCUGCAUUCUCUGUCUUACCAUGAAUCUUGGAAGCCAGUCCAACUUCAAGGGAAAACAUUUACUGAAAGGUUCGUCUUUGUACUUUCUUGGAACAGUGAAUAUCUGUCUCUUGUUGAGAAUACAUUUCGUAAAGAACAUGGAAAUAUAGAUAUAUGUUCAAUAAGUUUAGCAAAAACGUCUGACAAUGAAUUCUCAACUCUCCAGAAGAAAGCAGAAUCGCAAAGCAUUUCUGUUAUAUUUGCCCCAGGACUUCCAGGUAUCGACGAAAAUACAACUGGAAGAUGGCUUAGUGAUACUAUCAGAAGAACAACUCAGGUGUUUCUUCAACUUUUAAAAGCAAUUUACAAGAUGAAAUCGCAUAUUUUGGUGGUAACAAAUGAAACACAACCUUGCUAUUCACCGAAAACACGUGUUAUUGGAGCAGAGUUAUGGGGAAUGGUUCGAGCUGUGUCUCAUGAAGGAACUGAACUCUCUUUUACUUUAUUAGACGUAGAUAGUCUCAGCGAAUUUUCAUUGAUCAACAUCAGUAGGGUGUUUGCAGGACUCGAUGUCGGAAGCCGGCAGGUUCCAGAUGAAUAUGCUAUUAGGGGAAAUAUUAUCUACACAAACGAAAUAACAAAGUUAUCUGAAAGUUUCCAUACAAGACUAUACAAGAAAAACUUUCAAAAAGCACCCCAACCUCUUUGUAUACGACAAAAGUUAGAAGGUGAUGAAUCAUCUUUCCUCGCCAUGCCUUGUUCGAAAGAAUCCACUAAUCAACUUGCUAUUUGUGUCAAACCAACAAAUGUACUUGCAUGCACAGAAGACACGUAUUUUAUUCAAAGUAACAAUUCUCCAGAACUAUACUGUACAGACACAAAUAUUAAUGGAGAAAAUAUUAAUGCAUGUGAACUUAUUGGUUUUGCAAAGAUCGGAAACAAAGAUACCGAAGUAAUUGCCUGCUGUCAUAUGGAGCUAAAAACAGUAAUGAUGAUUGACAAACAUUGUGUUUUUGCAAAAUCAGGCUUCAGCGGCUAUAGACUUGGAGAUAUGCACGCUGUCAUCAUUGCAUUGUCCAUUGCUGAUCUUGUAGAAAAAAAGUCAAAUGUGUUUAUCGAAUAUGGUGAGGAAACAUGUACAAUAUUUCACUUUCUCUGCAUCAUGCUUAAAGAGAAAAAAUGCAAUAUAUCAAACCAAAUGAAAGCCAAUGGCAAAAAAACUCAAAACACCUAUGCAACAGAACUUGUUUUAUUGUCAGCUGAUGGAUACCUUGAAAAAGACACACUGCAUAUUUUAUAUCCAAAUGUCAAACAGUGUAUCUCCUUAUCGGGUAUCUUACCUAGGGAUUUCUCGAUGGAUUCAAAUUGUUCGAUGCAAUUUCAGCUAAUUGAUAUAGCCUAUUUAUAUAAAACAAAGCAGUUACGUGUUGCUUUGCAGAGGGCAUCUCGAGUACUAAUGGCUGCACUGAAAAAGAAGAAACCCAGAAACAAUUUUCCUUUGCAUAAAAGCUCGUUGAAUGUUGUAGAAAUUUCAAAAGAUAUUGAAGUAAGGACAUCAAAAGAAUUUCUCAUCAGAGACGACAGCGCUUACAUUGUGGUUGGCGGAUUAACAGGCUUAGGUUGGUUGAUUGUAAAAUACUUAGCACAAAGAAAAGCAAACAAAAUAAUAUCACUAUCAAGACGUUCACCAUCCAGUGAGUUAGAAAAGCAAAUCCUCAAUAUAAAAAAUCUGCAUGGAGUAGAGAUUAUUCACAAAGAAGUUGAUAUCACCAAUUUGAACAGCCUCACGAAGGUUCUACGUUCAGUUCAACAACAAAUGCCAGAUGUUCCCAUUCGUGGUGUUUUGCAAGGUGCUGCCGUUAUAAAUGAUAACACUGUGCCAAAAAUGACAAAAGAAAAAUUCGAAAUGCCUUUAAUUGUAAAGGUUCUUGGUACUUGGAAUCUCCAUCAUCUUACAAAACAUAUGGACCUUGAUGUAUUUACUCUGCACUCCAGCGUAGCUUCUGUGUUUGGAAACUAUUCUCAAACAAAUUAUGCUGCAGCCAAUGCAUUUCUUGACAGUUUUGCGUAUUACAGAAGAUCAUUAGGACUCCCAGCACAAGUCAUUAAUUGGGGGGCCUUGACUGUUGGAAUGGGGUCAGACCCCACGUUGAAAGACAUCUUUUUUCAUAAAGGGAUUGGUUUAUUGUCCGCUAGGCAAAUAUGCAAUGCACUUACACAAAUGUUCUUGUCAGAUCAAAUUCAAGGAAUAUUUGUAGAUUUGGACAUAAAGCGGUUCUUGACUUCAAAUAACUUGAAUUGGAAGGCAUCAAAAUAUGCAGGACUAAUUUCUGACGAGGAAGAGUCUGUCCCAAAGGUUGUUUCUGAAAGUGAAACAACAUAUGAAUCCGGGGGAAACAUGAUCGACCUUAUUAAGCAAAUUUCAGCACAGGUUCUGAUGAUUGAUGUUUCCGAAAUUGAAAAUACAAAUACCCUUGCCCAAUUUGGGGUAGACUCACAAAAUUCUAUUGAGAUCAUAAAUACAAUAUAUUCAGCUACCAAAGUAAGGAUUCCUAUUCUGCUCUUGCUGUCGGGGGAUUUUACUAUACAAGAGCUAGCAAAUUUUUUGUCAAACAAGAUGUCCGACAACAGUUCGGAAGAAUUAUCAAGUGGCAGACAUAGUUCGGAGAGUACUUCAAUGGUUAAAAGAUACUAUGAGAGUGAUCAGUUGCGGCAGUCUGCCUAUGUAUUCUCCUUUACAAUACCCCAUGAAAUAAACAACCCAGAAUUUUGGAAAAGGGUAAUACAGUUCCUGGCAAGGUUAAAUCCAACAGUCCGUGUCGAUGGCAGUGAAUCAACUGGUCAAACAGAUUCACCAAAUGAAAGUGUUGAUAUUGAAGACUUCAUCAUUCCGUUUGAAUUUGUCCAAACAACGAAUGAACUCCAGACAAAAUUGGCGGAAAAUAGAGAUAUGCCAUUGUCUGUGAUUUAUGAAGCUGAAACAAAUAAAGCUCAUCUUUAUAUGACAUGUAGUCGGAUGAAGUUUGAUGCUUUUUGUGGGAAGAUAAUUCAAAAAGAUUUACAAAAAAUUGCAACAUAUAUUAUUGCAAAAAACCCUGUUCCUGCAUGGCUUGAUAAAACCAACGUUGAUUUUCUUUCAUUAUAUAGUAGUAAAUUACACACUGUUGCCGAAACGUCGAAAACUUACUGGCAGCACCGUCUUCGGUUGUGUAAAACAUCAGCCAGUUUGAAAUCCAAAUAUCCAAUGCUAGAGCAUAAACACAAUGAAGGCAAAAUAUCACUCGCAAUGAUUGAUCUAAACCAGCAUAAAGAUCUUUUAUGUGAAAAUGAGUGGACGAUGUGCAACAUCGUGUGUAGUGCAUUUCAGAUUGCUCUGCAUAAAAUAACUACUGUCGAAAGAGUCCCGAUAUUAAUGGAGGUUGACUUGCGUUCACAGAUUUUGGAAUGUCAAGAACACAUCCUAUCGAGUUCUAACCAUAUACCAUUAGUAUCCCCUAACUUUUUUCAACCCGGAGUAACAGUUCGUGAGGUGCUUAAUAAAAAUGAACAGAAAGUAAAGGAAGGUAUUGCUAACUGUCUUUAUCCUUUUCCUGCAAUUAUGGAGCUCAAAGAAUUUGAUAGCAAAUUGCACAAAACUCACUCUUAUCUGUUCGACACAAGCGAUAUUGCUGAUGAACAAUAUGUCAGGUUAGCAUCAACACAUAUUGAAAAAAAUCCCACCUUUGAAACACUGCUAUAUGCACUACACAAUAAAACGGAUCAGACUUUGAAAUUAGAAUUCCAUUUCUGUCCAGAACGUGUUUCCACUUACACUGCAUCCAUAUUGACUGAAUCUGUGUCGAAUUUCAUCCAAGCACUUUCUGAGAAUCACACAAAAACUUUGAAGCAAUUGCAAAUGCAGACCAAAUUAGCAAGAGCGCCAAUGGCAUCUCCCAAAGCAUCUUUUCUUCUGGUAAAAGAAAAUGGCAACCGAAAAAAGGUUUUCAUGGAAGUAAAACAGGGUACCCCGCCACUUGUUUCUUGGGGUCCAAAUUCAAACAGUCAGUCAAAAAUGACUGAAAUAAUGGACGUCGACAUUGUCCAAGAUAAUGGCCGUUCUGGACUAAGACUGUGGUUAUUUGGAAGAAAAGCUAUGACGUUUGAAACCUCAGAGGACCAAGUUUGUCAGGCAUGGGUGACUUUUUUAAAACAACAUCUGCCCCCAACUUCAUUCAAAAAGCAAGAAUUUGAGGAAAACGAAAACUAUAUUCAAUCAACUGAAUUGGAAGUUGAAAAUACCUAUCUAUGAAACUCAAUAGUAUUUGUAUUUCAAAGAAAUAACAUGUAUAAAUUGUAUCUGAGUCGUUUCAUCUGUAAUGUUAUUAAUUUGGCUUAUUUGAAAGAGGUGACUUUAUGUUUUGUUAAACUUGCAUUUUGUUUCCUAUAAAAGAGCUAAAAACCCAGAUGUUUAAUGGUAAUUUACACUUAAGAAAACUACGUUAAGAUACAUUAAUUUACACAGGCAUUACAUUCUAUAAAUUAUUUGUUAUGAUUUUUUUUAAAAAGUGUUGAUAAUUUCUUCAUAGUAAUUAUUGUAGUUUUUAAAUCCUUGGAAGUUAUACAAUAAGGAAAUAUUACCUCUGUGUGUUUAAUGUGUACAAUUGUUAGGGAUAAAUCACUUUAAAUGACAACAAUUAUAAUUUUAUUAAAUUAAUAAAUAUAAGACACA